AUGUCGUCUCCUUCAAAAUCUUUAAUAUCUCCCUCUCCUUCCCCCUCUCUUCCCCCCUUCUCAGACAUAAUUACUUUGAAUGUAAGUGGUGUUAAGUAUAAAACAUAUCGAUCAACAUUAACAGCGUAUCCUGAGACGUUGCUCGGUACAAUGUUUCAAGAAAGAAAUAAAGAAUUACUAAAUCCAAUUAAUAGUGAUAAUGAAAACAAUGAAUAUUUUAUUGAUCGUAAUGGUAAAGCUUUUCAUUAUGUAUUAGAGUAUUAUCGUAAUGGUGAAAUAUUAAGAGAAUUUGAUUAUUUCCAAAUUCCAAUUCCCAACACUAUACAAAAUGCAUAUGGAAAUCAAAUUGCUUUAAUCACAUUGAACCAAUUCAUCAAAGCAAUGGAAAACAUUAUAAAAUUACAUAUAAUUAAUUUCAGAUCAUAUUUUGGAUUAAAAGUUAUUUCAAAUGGUGAAAUAAUUUAUAUACAAAAAGAACAACAAAGUGAACCUUUACUGCCAAUUGACGAAUUGUUACCAUUCAAAAAUUCUAUUUACAAAAUUUUGUCGACAGCUGAAUAUCAAAUUAAAAAUUAUUUUGAAAAAUUAUUUAAAGAUAUCAAAUUAUCUUGGAUAAACCAUCAAACUGAACUCUAA